CUACCAGUGCCGCUUCUGGUUCGCCGGCUUCCGCUACUUCAUCACCUGCGACCCGGCCAACGUCCGCCACAUCUUCACCUCCAACUUCGAGAACUACCCCAAGGGCGACGUGUUCGCCCAGAUGUUCGACAUCCUCGGCGGCGGCAUCUUCAACUCCGACGGCGAGCGCUGGCGGAGCCAGAGGACGAAGGCCCAGAUGCUCAUGACCACCCCGCGGUACCGCUCCUUUGUGGCGCAGUCCAGCCUCGACAAGGUGGAGCAGAGCGUGCUCCCGUUCCUCGCCCACGCCGCCGACUCCGACACGACGUGCGACCUGCAGGACGUGUUCACGCGUUGGUCCUUUGACACGACAUGCAACCUCGUCUUCGGCGUCGACCCCGGGUGCCUGGCCAUCGGCCUGCCUGACGUGCCCUUCGCGCGCGCCAUGGACGACGUUCUGCGCACCGUCUUCGUCCGGCACAUCAUGCCGGUGACGUGCUGGAAGGUGAUGCGGAGGCUGGACGUCGGGCAUGAGACGCCCGCGCGCCGUCCGGCUGACGAAUCCGUGGCGGCCACCAUUGCUAGCCGGAGAGCCGCCUACAGCAAGCAGGGCGCCAACAAGUCUUCGGCCGACCUGCUGUCCUCGUUCAUCUGCGACGAGGAGAUAGCGGGCGACCCCGACGCGGACACGUACAUCCGGGACAUGACCAUGAACCUCCUGGUUGCGGGCCGCGACGCCACCAGCUCCGCCCUCUCGUGGUUCUCCUACCUCAUCGCCACGAACCCUCGGGUAGAGAAAAAGCUCCUGGAGGAGCUGGCCCCCAUAGCUGCCCGGAGACCCGUCGGACCCGACGGCAUGGUGGCCUUCGAGGCGGGGGAGCUGAAGAACCUGCUGUACCUGCACGCGGCGGUGUGCGAGUGCCUCCGCCUCUACCCGUCGCUGCCGGUGGAGACAAAGGCGGUGGCCGCCCACGACGUGCUGCCGAGCGGUCACGAGGUGAGGCCCGGGGACAAGAUCCUGGUGUUCAACUACUCCAUGGGGAGGAUGAAGCGGGUGUGGGGCGCCGACUGCCGGGAGUUCCGGCCGGAGCGGUGGAUCUCCGAGGACGGGAAGCUGCGGUACGUGCCGUCCAACAAGUUCGUGGCCUUCAACUCGGGCCCCAGGACGUGCCUCGGGAAGGAGAUGGUGCUGGUGCAGAUGAAGGUGACGGUGGCGGCCGUGGCGUGGAACUUCGCCGUGGAGGUGGUGCCCGGGCACGUCGUGGAGCCGAAGCUCUCCAUCAUACUCCACAUGAAGAACGGCCUCCUCGUCAGGGUCAAGAGAAGAUCGGGUAUUCCAGCCAUGAUCAGCAAGCAGUAAACGUAUGCGUACUUGUACCGUUGCAUGCAUGCACGUACUGAUGUAAGUGUCUAUAUUCCUUCAUUUUUAUUCGGCAUAUGUGUGUGUUGUCUGUUUGCAGGUGUCCAGUAAUAUAAUCAAGUACACUACACUGUAAAUCAUGGUGGGUAUACAUAUAUAUGUUGCCUGCAUUAAUUGUAUCAACUCGUUGAUUGAUUCGAAGACAUAUUUGUACCGAAACU